CUCAGGUUGCAUUCUCACACCUUCUUCCAAACUUCAUUGAGUGUUGGUGGGAUGCCAUCAUCCUGGAUAUCCUGUUGUGCAAUGGCCUCGGUAUCUGGGUAGGAAUGCAGUUCUGCCACCUAAUGGAGAUGCGAUACUACAACUGGGAGAGCAUCAAGGACAUUCAAACCACAACGGGCAAGUUGAAACGAGCGGUUUUACAGUUCACCCCAGAGUCAUGGACAGCUAUGAGAUGGCUUGACCCAGCCUGCACAUAUAUGCGUUUUCUUGCUGUUUCACAGCUGGUUGUCUUCUGGCAGCUGUCAGAGCUCAACACAUUCUUUCUGAAGCAUAUAUUUCAGAUGCCACCAAGCCAUCCUUUGGUCUUCAUGCGUAUUUUCCUGCUAGGAGCAAUGUCAGCCCCAACCAUAAGGCAAUACUAUAGCUAUGUGACAGAUCCUCGGUGCAAGCGAGUAGGCACACAGUGUUGGGUGUAUGGACUCUGUAUGUGUAUAGAGUCACUUAUCUGUAUCAAAUUUGGUGCUGACAUAUUCCAGCAUACACAAAUACGUAAUAUUAUUGUAUGGAUUUUAAUCCAAGCUGCUGGAUCCGUCAUGUGUGUAUACCUAUGUGUCACUCAUCAUAGGUGGCAGCGUAAGCGACAAAUUAGGGUGGAUGAUUCAUUGGAUGAUGACACAGAAACUGACUCGAAGGUGUCUUCCUAUAUACAGUCACUACCUAGAAAGCAAGUAACACUUAGUACUCCAGAGGAUGAAGACAGUGAUGAUGAAGCAGAAGGCCCAAUGAAGAUACAGCGCAGGAAAAAAAAUCCUCCUUUGAGGCGCACUAACAGAUUGGAACAAUGAUUUGCAAAUUUGCAAAAGCUGAAAUCAGACAUAUGUAUGGAGAACCUCGAGGAAUUGAAUUUUCAAAUAGAAACCCUGGAAAAGUCUUUUUUUUUUUAACACCUUUUUCAUGAAAAGCUUCUGUGUCACGAUACAAAAAGAAACGUUUCAUGUUAUACACUAGGUACCAUAGAUUUGAUUAGUUUGUUUUGUCACACACUUUCGUGGACCACGUUUGAGAUUUUCAGAUGUUAUAGCAUCUAGUAUAUAUGUACAUAUAAUGUUUUCAUAACUGUAAAUUGUAAAUUGGAGUAAUAAUUAGGCUGCCAUUGUAUUCACUGUUGCUUUAGGUGUACCAUCUAUUUCAAUAGUUUAGUGCUUGUAAACAAGUACUGAUGAGAGUUUAUUGCAGAUUAUUGCUUGAAAAUAAGAAUAAAGUUCAUGGCAAAUGAUUGAGAAAUCUACUUACAGCUGUUAUCCUUUUUCACCUUUUAUUGUAUGCCUCUUAACCCAUUGCCGCCGGGGAUGGCAUGUACGUACAUGCCAUGCCCACUGUGAGUCGACUUGUUUGAUUGUUUUUACACAUAGAUGGCUACACUUGUACUAAGUAUCCAGUGAGCCAAUUACAAGUACUGCUUCUCUCGCCCGUUCACCCUUUUCAUCAAUUUACAAAAAUAUUUAACGUUAUCCUAAUUUGCUGUUAAAAAUAACACCAUCUAGAUUUAUAGCACUAGUAAAAAUACAUUUUUUCCCAUCAAUUCAAGGAAAGGUGAAAUCAGGACUAGCAGAGCCAUCUAUGUACAGAUAUUUUACAAAAAUAUAAAAAAUGAGUACAG